AAGUCAGCCUUUCCAACCUGCUUUAUAAGAGGACAGCCUGCCUGUUCUAACAUGCAGAGUGUGCUGGAGUGUGUGUCCUCUGUCUGACUGGAGCUGUGAAACUGUGUGUCAGAAGAACCCGGUGCUGAAGAAGUGGCAAUGGGGCUACUCUCCGGUGAUGCGUUGUUCUCUGUGGCCGUGGCCGUGGUCAUCUUCUUGCUGUUAGUGGACCUGAUGCACCGGCGUCAACGCUGGGCUGCUCGCUACCCACAAGGUCCCAUACCAGUUCCCGGACUGGGCAACCUGCUGCAGGUGGACUUCCGGAACCCAGCGUACUCCUUCUACAAGCUGCGACGUAGGUUCGGGGACGUGUUCAGCCUGCAGUUUGCCUGGACUCCAGUGGUCGUGGUCAAUGGGCUGGCGGCUGUGCGGGAGGCUCUGGUGACCCAUGGCGAAGACACCUCAGAUCGGCCCCCAACAGCCACAAGCGAACUAAUUGGCUUUGGACCGAGAUCCCAAGGCAUUAUUAGGGCUCCCUAUGGACCCGCCUGGCGUGAGCAGCGGCGCUUCUCUGUGUCCACCCUGCGCAACUUCGGCCUGGGGAAGAAGUCUCUGGAGCAGUGGGUGACCGAGGAGGCCUCCUGCCUCUGUGAUGCUUUUGCCAACCAUGCUGGGCAGCCCUUUCGACCCAACGCCCUGAUGAGCAAAGCUGUGUGCAAUGUGAUCACAUCCCUCAUCUACGCGCGCCGCAUCGAGUAUGAUGACUCAGUCAUGAUCAGGUUGACAGAGUUGCUGGAGAAUGGCCUGAAGGAGGACAAUGCCUUAUUGCUUCAGUUAGUGAACUCAGUGCCACUGCUCACACGCAUCCCGUGGGUGGCUGCCAAAGUCCUGCGCUCCCAGAGGUCCAUCAUUGCCUUGAUUCAUGAUCUCUUGACCGAGCACAGCACAGCCUGGGACCCAGACCAGCCACCCCGAGAUCUAACUGAUGCUUUUCUGAACGAAGUACAUAAGGCCAAGGGGAACUCUGAGAACAGCUUCAAUGAUGAGAACCUUCGCCUGGUCAUAUCUGAACUGUUUUUGGCAGGGAUGGUGACCACGUCAGUCACCCUGUCCUGGGCCCUGCUGCUCAUGAUCCUGCACCCGGAUGUGCAGUGCCGUGUCCAGCGGGAGAUCGAUGAGGUGAUAGGGCAGGGGCGGCGCCCAGAGAUGGCAGACCAGGCCCUCAUGCCCUUCACCAACGCUGUGAUUCACGAGGUGCAGCGCUUUGCGGACAUUGUCCCCAUGGGUGUGCCCCACAUGACAUCUCGUGACACCGAGGUGCAGGGCUUCUGCAUCCCUAAGGGGACCAAACUCAUCACCAACCUGUCAUCUGUGCUGAAGGAUGAGACUGUCUGGGAGAAGCCUCUCCAGUUCCACCCUGAACAUUUCCUGGACAGCGAAGGCCGCUUUGUGAAACGUGAAGGCUUUAUGCCCUUCUCAGCAGGCCCCCGCAUCUGUCUUGGGGAGCCCUUGGCCCGCAUGGAGCUCUUCCUCUUCUUCACCUGCCUGCUGCAGCGCUUCAGCUUCUCUGUGCCUGAAGGGCAGCCCCGGCCCAGCGACCGUGGUACAGUUUUGUUCGUAGCAUCUCCACCACCCUACCAGCUCUGUGCUGUGGCGCGUUAGUACAAGCACCAUGGACUCUGUUUGUCUACCACAUGGAUGACUUGAUAUAGAGUAAACCAGCGUUGUGACUGUGUG